AUGCCAGCUUUGGAGCUGGGGAGGCAGAGGAGCUGUGCCGCCGUGCUUGGGUCCCUCCUCACUGCUGCUCUCAUUGUCACUGUCCACAGUCGCUGUCCCCCUCCAGCACGAUCUCCAUCAGCAGAGCCCAAGCGGCGGCUGGAGGGCAUCGAGCACUUCCACUAUGGCUACAGGGUUGAGUUUGUCUGCAGGCCAGGCUAUGUGAGAAACGCUCGCGUUUCAAACGUCCUCACCUGCGGAGUGAACGGGCUGUGGCGUGGACCCAGUGACAUCUGCAUACCCAGGGCGUGCAGCUACCCCGGGGAGCUGGCCAAUGGCAGACUGGUCGUGCCUGAAGCGUUCACCUUUGGUUCCAAAGUGACAUUCACCUGCAACGCUGGGUACAGACUGAUUGGAGACACUGAGACUGAAUGUGUGAUCAGAAAUGAGGUUCUUACCUGGGACAGAGAUUUUCCCACUUGUCAGGCAAUUCCCUGUGCACCCCCUCCAGAAAUAGAGAAUGGGCAGCACAGUGGGAUGGACAAGGACCAUUUUCAGUAUGGGGACUCUGUCACCUACCAGUGCCACAGGCCCAGGAGGGGAGAGAGACCUUUCUCCUUGGUGGGAGAGGCCUCCAUUUUCUGCACAAGCAAGGACAACCUGAACGGUGUGUGGAGCAGCCCAGCUCCAGAAUGCAAAGUGGUGACCUGCAAGCAGCCAAGAGUGGAGAAUGGGAAGCUGCUGAGUGUGUCCCAGCCUGACUACAGCUUUGGGGACACGGUGGCGUUCGACUGCGACCUGCACUACAGCCUGAGCGGCAGCGACGCCUCCACCUGCAGGGACAACGGCCUCUGGGAGCCCCCCGUGCCCCUCUGCCAGCGCAGCAGCUGUGAUGACCCCCCAGAUGUGAGGAAUGCUGUGAAAGCCAGGCUGGCUGGCAACCUGUUCCCUGUGGACACCGUGGUCACCUACGAGUGCCAGCAGGGCCACCAGUUCAGUCCAGGGCAAACCACCUGGAACAUCAGCUGCCUGCAGGACUUUGUGUGGAGUGAAACCCCACCUCCAUGUGAAAGAAAUCCUUGCCCAGAUCCACACAUCCCAAAUGGAAGGCCCUUGCACCCAUGGCAAGUGAAAGAGGUUUAUGAGAGCGGGGACAGGCUGGAGGUGGCGUGCAGUGACGGAUUUGCUUUCAAAGGCCGUGGCAGCAGCAUCACCCUCCUCUGUGGCAGCGAUGGUGAAUGGGAUCCAGCAGUGCCAGAGUGCAUUCCAGAACCACAUUGCCCAAAGCCAGACAUCCCUCAUGGAAAGGAGGUUUAUAAAGGCAGAAGUGACUACUCAGUGGGGACCCAGGUGAGGCUGGCCUGUGAGGAGGGCUUUGUCCUCAGGGGCUCUGAGUCCAUCACCUGUGGGGCUGAUCAGAGCUGGGAGCCCGAGGUGCCCUUCUGUGACAAAGCCUGUGGGCCCCCUCCCCAGAUUGCCUUUGGGCAGCACUCUGGCAGGGGUGGCAGGGAGUUCUCUUAUGGCUCCAAGGUGACCUACAGCUGUGCAGAGGGGCUGUCCCUGGUGGGGGACGAGUCCCUCUACUGCACCUCAGACGAUGGCAAGAGCCUGGCGUGGAGUGGACCUGCCCCGGAGUGCAGGGCGGUUCGGUGCCCCAAGCCCGUGGUGGAGAAGGGAAGGAUGACCCCACAGAUGUUCACCUUUCCCUAUGGGCUGCUCCUGAAUUUCUCCUGCGAGGAAGGCUUCAGGCUGCGUGGUGCUGCCCAGAGCCAGUGCCAGGCUGAUGGCACCUGGCACCCGCCCGUGCCCACCUGCCAGCCAGUUCAGUGCCCCAGGCUCCCCAGACAGGAUGAUGUGGUGAUUUCCUUCAACAAGAUGUGGUAUGAGGUGAAUGAAACUGUGACCUUCUACUGUGAUAUGCGCUUAGUGGCACCUUCCAAAACCACCUGCUCAGCUGAUGGCACCUGGACACCACCACCCAAGUGUAGGAAAAAUGAGGUGUGUGAGAGGGUGCUUCAAACCAAAGCAGCUUUUCAGUGUGGAAUGCCUCUGUCAGAACUGAAAACCUGGCUGGAAGUCCAAAAGCUCUCCCUGGAGAUCCAGAAACUUGAAAAGGAGCUAAGACUCACCACCUACGGCUGA